CUGCCAGAAACGGCUCCUGGCAUGGCAUGGGUGCCGCCUCUCUACGACUGUUCCAAAGACCCAGCUCUGAUUUGGGACUGCACUGUACCGCAAGAUGACACAGUAUCCUACAACUUCGCUCGAAGCGCCAAGUGGUGUCCUGACGGGUCUGCCGUACUUGCCCAGUGCGAAGAUCGCACUUUUUUCAUGCCAGAUAUACCAGCAAAAUACUGCGCAUCUUUCGAAGCGUCCGCACCAUAUUCUGCGACACAUGCUCGUGUGUUCAAACAACAAGGUCCUAUACUGGACUUUGCGUGGUAUCCUUCUGCCACUCGUGGCAAUCCAGCUGCCUUUUGUUUUCUUGCCUCUGUACGUGAGUGUCCCGUGAAGCUUCUGGACGCCAAUGACGGUAGACUACGCGCAUCCUAUCGAAUUGUCGACCAUAGAGAGCGCCAAAUUGCACCUCAUAGCAUAGCGUUUAAUGCAACUGGUGAUAAAUUUUACUGUGGAUUCGAGGACGCGAUCGAAGUUUUUGAUGUCCAACGGCCCGGAGAAGGAACACGUCUGCAUGUUACGCCCUCGAAGAAAAGCAAAGAUGGGCUGAAGGGCAUAAUAUCCGCUUUAGCAUUUUCUGCCGACGUCGAUUCGGGUGUCUAUGCCGCAGGAUCACUGAGUCCAUCUGCCCCUUCCACGUCCAAUAUAGCGUUAUUUUCGGAAGCUACGGGAGAAGUACCCAUGAUGUUUGUAGGAGCGGAGAAUCUCUCCCACGGGGCACCGUCCGGCAUCCGGGCAGGCGUAAUGCAGUUAAUGUUCAAUCCUGCCAGACCAUAUCUGCUCUAUGCUUCCUUCAGACGCCAUGAAGCCAUCUAUGCAUGGGAUCUGCGAAGUGACGUCAGCAAUCCUGUCCACGUCUAUACUCGACGAACCGUCGACGCAUCUUCGUCUAUGGCUGCAGCCACAAAUUCGGUGUCAACCAAUCAAAAGCUCAAGUUUGACCUAGAUGUCACUGGUAAAGUACUAGGUGUAGGCGAUCAGCUUGGAAACAUUACCCUGUUCGGUACCACCUCAGAUGAAAGCGCAGCGGCUUCGUUUUCCGUGGAGUCAGAAGCACGCAUCGCGCGGCCAAUCCCGAUACUCAAGUACGCAGCACAUGAGGACGCGAUAGGCUCGGUCAGCUUCCAUCCACUCCGCCCUGUCCUUCUUUCCGUUUCAGGUUCUCGACACUUCGAUGGAAGCCCACCCGCUACUCAUACAUCCUUAUCGUCAAGCUCGGACUCGGACUCAGACGAUCAAGACUACCGAACUACUGAAGGAUACAACCCUACCAAUCAAAAGACGAAGGUGGUAAGAAUAUGUCGCAAGGGACCGCAGCCGAGCACGCAUGAUUCAUCCGCGAAGCUGUGGAACUUCGACUCGCGUGUCGACACGAGCAGAAGCACUAUAGACCCCGCAUCGUGA